AUGGAUGGCUUGGAAUGCCUGAAGGAAAUCGAUCAGCUGCUGGUACGUCGCAAAGCGGAGCCCUUAGAGUCGGAAGAUGGUCCCGUUCUUGCCAACCGAUACGUUAUCGAAAACAAUUCCGAUGAAAUAAUGUAUCGGGCAACGGAAGAGCCCAAUGUUUGCGUUCGACUUUGUUUUGGCCAUGGCCAUGCGCACAACAGACCGUUUCAAUUGACGCUGCUCGACAGACAGCGACGCAAGACGUUGAUUUUUAUGCAUCCUUUGCUGUAUAAAUCAUGGCGAUUGCUACUCAGCCUCCAAAGAAUGGAUGUUCUAGAUCCAGAUGGUGGUGACCUUGUCGGAAGAGUCCAGCAAGGAUGGUUCUUUGGAAAACCCUGGUUCAAGGUGAUGACUGGUUCCGAAGAAGUGACGAUGCGAAUCGAAGGACCCUGGUUGCUGUUGGACAUUUUCAAAGACGUCAAGUUCAAGAUUGUAACCGUAGACGGUGAUGAGAUUGGUGAAAUUGUAAAGAAAAAGACCGGAUGCGUAUGCCAAAGUGCUGCCCACCAUUUCGGAAUAACCUUUCCCAAGGAUUUAGAUGUAACGAUGAAGGCCACGUUGAUUGGAGCUGUGAUCUUGAUUGACUUCGUGCUGUUCCAUAAUACAAAGCGAGUAGAUUUGACAUCCUUGUUAUUAUUGUAAUAGUCCUAAUCUUCAC